AUGACGGAGGGCUCCCAUGUCUUUGCCCCCCGACCGGACGGCCAGUACGCAAGGUUUGUCUUUGGCGUGGUGACCGGGGUAGACGGGGACAGAAUGGGCAUAAAUGGCGUCGUAGUGGAUCCCGUGGGGCUCAAAAACAAGGUGGCCCAGGACAAGGCCGGAGUCCGCUCAGCGGAGGUGCUGAAGAACCCCACCGCGGAGAACUGCAUACAUGCGCUGAUAUUCCGGGUGGAACACGACAGCUUUACGGGGGUGCUUGACAUGUCACAGGAUAAGGUAGAGAUAAUUCCGCCCAAGGUCCACUCGAACCUGGACGGAUGGAUCAGGGAGGAUCUUCCGGAGCUGAUAAACAAUGUGUUGUCCCUGCCGCAGGGGGUCGAGCGUGAUGCGGCAAAGAGAACGCUGCGACAGAAGAUGGACACGCUGCUUGAUAGGAACCUGAAGCGGAACCUCUACUCCGUAUGCAGGAGCCUGAAGAUCCUGAACUGA